GUAUUCUCUCUCUAUCACCGCAAAUGGAGGUAAAUUCAGUGCAGGACAUUUUGAAUUUGCUUAUUUCUUCUGCUUUCCGUAGAUGCCGCAUGUUAGACGAUCAAUGCAGAUUAUCCGUAUCUAUUAAACACACGCGCUCUUCAGUUCUAAUCUCAGUUUCUGAUACAGGUACUGGAAACAAUUUGGAGGAAUUUACUGAAAUGAAAUGCAAAAACGACACUGUUUUGUCUGGUAAAUGGGACGGGCUUCUUUCUGUAAUGACCACAAGCAGCUCUGACAAAGAAAUACAUCGCUUAAAAUUUGACUUAAAAGAAGUUGUUGCCUCAAGAAGACUGGUGAGACUACCAUCAGUAACAAAGAGUGGUGCAAAAUUCAGGCAAUCUGUUUUUACCUCUUUCACGUGUCUAAUGUAUUGUCUACCAUUAUCAUUGUCCCUUUAUGAAGAAUUUGAUUUUCUUGUAACAAUGUUACACCUCUAUCUUCAAAAGAUUCUUCUUCUAAAAGCAUUUAAGAUUGCAAUUGAACUGAUAGUAGAAUCUGGUGGUGGUACAAAAUCAUAUUUUCUGCAAAAUGCAUGCAGCACCCCAGCUACGAAUGAUGUAAAUAGUUACAACCUGACGUUGGGACUUGAAGAAUAUGUUUCCAAGCAUGGGAACAAACUUACCGAAGCUUGUCACUCUUGCUUCUCAACUGGAAAGAACCUCAAAGUUGGUUCUGGGGUAGCUUGUAGCAGAGAAAACCACCAAAACUCAGGCCAGGUGAUGGAAGCUGUAAUCAUCAUCAGCAAUGUAUCAAUGUUGGACCAAUCUUCCUGCUCCAGGUUAUAUGGCCGCAGAACAGAGGUCUUGUACUUCAAAGAUUUCUCUCCCUGCUCAAUGCCACAAUCAUCUCUAGAAGCAUUGAACAGCAUUGACUGGAAAAAUUAUGGAUUAGUUCUAAAAAGUGUUGGAGAACAAGAUGGCAUCACAAUAUUAGAGUGGGAAAACUUAUCCCCGUCUUCUCACAUUGAUAUUGCACUCCACAUAUAUGAUAAACAGACAUUGCCUUGCUCGCACAGUAGCAGAACUGAUAGGUACCUCACCAGGAAAGCUCUCAAGCAGGCAUUGUCUGACCUGAAGAAGAGGAAUGCAGGAACAUUACUCAGUGAGCGUGCUGUCAAGAUAUGCAAUUAUGCACCCGAUCUUGCCAAAACAAUUUCAGGCUUGAUCAUGUCUUCGCUAGACUUGAACUUCAAAAGAGAAUGUUUUUCUUUACUUGGGCUGCCAUCUCCGGAACAUGAAAAGGAUAUUGUUGAGAACUGCAUCAAAGAUAAGAUAAUUUCUGUCAUAGCAACAAAUGACUGUGGUAGGCGGGGAACCAAGGAAGCUCCGGCACUUUUCGAGCAGGAACCCGAGAAGGCAUACAAAGGUGUAGGCGAGUAUUUUGAUACGUAGUAGCCUCAAACUUAUGCAACCCCAUUUAUAGAAUUUAUUGUUUUGUGUU